AACGGUGGAUUCAAAUGCGGUCGGCUGCGCAAAGUACAGGAAGCAGUUAAAAGUUCAACUGAAAAUGUUUAUUAACGUCACUCCAUUCCACGUGCAGUGUUUAUUGAAUGUACUAGUGAACUAGUGAUACAUGCAAAAGGCUGCAACAAGAGUAAUCGAAAUAAUCAGCUUCUAUGUGGCUUAUGCAAAAAAGAAAUAUCUGAGCACGUGAUUUUAACGAGUGUAAAUAAGCAAGGCACACGUGCGUUACAAAAAAAGAGUGUGUUUUAAAAAAUUUGCGCCAGUGGUCUUAAAAGCAAGUUUAAAACAUAAACACAGCGUCGGAAAAAAAAAACGUUGUGCCGGUAUUAAGUUCAGAUCCGGCACUUCCCAAACCUCACCGCUCCCUCACAACUUUCCCCUAGCGACGGGUGGGGGCCGCGGUGCAAAAUGCGUUCGUUCGGUUGCUGCACCGAGCGUCAUCGUCGACCGAUGCGUCGUGGGUGUGUCUGAGCGAGAUGGCACGAGGCGCCACGCGCGUACACCGCGAAACCUUUCUUUGGCGCGAAAACAUGUACCAGUCUGUUUGUACGUGUGCGCGUGUGUGUGUGUGUGUGUAUGAGGGUGUACACGAGAAAGAGUGAGUGAUUCGCGCGCUGCCAAGUUUUAAGCAACUUUCGGCACCGCUGCUGGAAAUCAAACGGAAUCGGUUUUUAAACAACUUCAGAAGAGGGCGCACUGCACGGCGGCGAUCGCGACCCACAAAACGCGGCACCCGCGCGGAUAUUCCUUGCUGUCUGUCUCGCUUCUUGUUGUUUUUUUUCCUCGCGUCGACGCAUUCGUCCUGCGUGGCUGUGGCUGUGAAUGUGUUCCGCCAACGAAAACGAAACGGUGUGCCUGGGUUGCGUUCGGUCAGUCUGUCGCGAAAUUGUCCUCCGCACGGAAGGACGACGGUACGAGAACGCUCUCGCUCUCGUCGCCCGUAAUCGAAUUCCAGCAAAACGGAAAUGCAACAGUCUCACGAUUUGGGAGUUUUAAAGUAUUUUCUGUACAUAAGUGAAGAGUGAAGUGGCGGUUUUAAUUAACAGGAAUUAUAACACGUGUACAGGAUAAUAGUUGAGAAAAUAUUAAGCAAAAAGAAACAACAGAAAUUCUCCUACAUAUAAGAUAAGUGAUCCAGAUGUUUUGGAAGUCUUUCGUGAUGGUGUCAGUGUAAGUGUACAUACGGUGUUAGAAACUCUCGAAUUCUACCCAUCCUAUCAACUGGAACUAGUGUGUGGGAACUCCACAACCCCCCCAUCAGGAAGUCACGAUGACUUCGCGAAGUCGCAAAAAAAGAUCUCCCAACUAAGUCCUACCCAGGAUCUCCAAUAAGUCACCCGAUAUCGUCGUCCUGUCAACACCUCCACCAUGUUGUUCGAAUCGGUUCAAAAUGGUGACCUCGACCGGGUACGCCACCUGUUGGACGGCGGAGCGGACGUUAACGCGCGGGACGACAAGUUCUUCAAUACGGCCCUUCACCGGGCCGUCUUUGCCCGGCAGAACCGGCUCGAAAUGAUAGCCCUGCUCGUGGAACGUGGUGCCGACUGUAAUGCGCUCAACAAAAAGCGGCUAACCGCGUCCGAGCUGGCGCUCGAAAACCGCCAGCCCGAGGUAGCGAAAGAACUCGUACGGUGUGAAACCCAACACCUGGACGAUCAUCUCGCGUACUAUCUGCUCAUUCGGCGCGGUAAUCUACAGCUGUUCGAGUACCUCAUCUCGAUCAAGCGGCUCCAGUACGAGGACGAAAUCUGUGUCAUUGCCCGGGCGUACGGUGAACUGCGGCUGCGGAACGUUCCGCUCAAGGAACCGAUGGAGUCGUACCUGAACGAGAUCCUGAUCAAUCACGACUACUGGCUGAGAAACCGGGCCCACCGGGCUACCGGGUGGUCCGAGGGCCGACGGGAAACGUUACGCCGGCUGGAAGCGAUCGUCGAGAAUGGGCAGGAACUGGCCGCCGGUUACGACAGUCACAAUCUGACGGACGUGGACAGUUUGUUCCUGCUCCGGUUGUCCUACAUACUGGAGAAUCUGUUCUUCGUCCGCAACGUCUACAAACAGCUGCCGCUGCAUCACAUGGAAUUUUGUAUCGGUAUUUUUCUGCACAUCUGGAAAAACCCGCCCCGAUACGACAUGUACAAAAUGCUGGUGGACAAACGCAAACUGCUCCUCUAUCUCGGUGCCGUUACAAACGAGCUGAAGAAGAUACUCGCCCUGCCGGGCAACCAGGCCGCCCGCAGCACCAGUAAAACGUCCACUUCAUCCACAACCUCGCCAGAAGAAAGCAGUACCUCCGGUGGAGCCAGUCCUUCCAGUCUUAGUUCCGGGGGUGAAAAAAGCUUCCCCAAAGCUUGCCUUAAGUUUCGCUGGACGAACGACAGAAACCGGGAGCUUAUGUUCUGUCACUACGUUGUUGCCGGUGGUGAGUGUGACGGCGAGCAAUCGAACUACCGUGCCCGGUUACACGAGCUGUGGGUAGAACGACAGCGCGCACAGGAACCUCUUGACGGCUGUGUCACCGGAGAGCAAGCACCCUGGGACCUUACCGAACAGAACCUACUGACACAGCAGCGUAAAAUUGUGCGUGACCAGCUGCUGCCCGAGGACGUGCGUCGAAGGACGGAAGCGGAAGCGCUCAGCUAUCGGUACUAUCUGCGUACCAGCCUGCCGAAAGUGUCGGACAGAAAUCGCAAAGUGUUCCGUAAGAUGACGAAAAGCUAUCGGCGUAUGAGGGAGCUGCACGCCAUCAACCGGGCGCUCGGGUACAUCGACUCCGUAUCGGAGCUGUCGGACUGGUCGAGUGAUCGGGAAAUUAAAACGCUCGCAAUCAAACGGGUGGUACAGGUGGUUUGUGAAACUAUCCGGCACGGACGUGACACACCGAUCAUCACCAGGCAUCAGGAGUGUUUUGUGAAUGUGCUAACACCGCAACGGAUACUGGGCGAUGCUCGGAUACGUGACUAUCUCUCGCACUACCGACGGGGUAGUGAUCUGUUGGCAGUACUUACCGCUGGUUACGCUCGCGAAGAAGAUCGUCAAGACCACCUGCACAUCAACGAUGACUCGCUGGACUGUGAGGAGCUACAUCGCCAGCUGCACAUUCUCCGCCAUCUGUUCCUGUACGCACGAAACCUUCUGCAUGUGCUGGCCAUCAAAACGCUCAUCAAUCGGUUGUACGAUAGCAAAAGUCUGGAGGAGAUCAAGUCCUAUUACGCGUACCUUUUCCGCCACAAUCCGGCCGAACAUCUGCAGCAGCUGGAAUGCGCUCCGUUCCCGUUGCUAGAGAUCCGUGUACUAAUGGAGGCGAUCGAUGCGGAGUAUCGCAGGGCGGGCGUUCCCACGAACGAUCACAUCCACCGGAUACGCACAAAGCUCACCAAAGAAAUCAACAGCUACAGGACGCUUCACCAGCACUUCAACAACACGAUCCUCAUGGUGGAGGGACUCAUAUCGAAGAUCAAAUCGAACCACAGCUACGACAAGCUCCGCCACGUCUUUCGAUCUCAUCUGAAAGUGUUCCAACCGCACCGUACGCUCGAUACGCAAUUUUUAGUGCAACUUCGCAGUGCCCUUCUAACAUACUUUUACCACGAACUACCGGACCUGCGGCAUAGAAGCGAACUGGAGCGAAGGAUAGCGCUGCUAGUGUGUCGCAUGCUGUACACAAUCGAUAGACAACUUUACCAACGAUCGUUCGCGUCUCGUGGACCUCUUACGGUGCAUCUCACAGGAGGUGGGAACUCACUGCUCCUGAAACGCCUCGAAGAAGCAACCGGACAACAGCUGUCCUACCUAACCAAAGAUCCCAACUUCUGCAAACUGCAAGAUCAUCCCGAGAAGCGGUACGAUCUGCUUCGGCAGCUUCUGCGACGCCACCGUGUGCUGUACAGUGCUAACCUCCUAGCCGAUCUGCGCCGCGACGAGGAGCGCGAAACGGAGGAAAAGGUGUCCCAACUUCAGAAGCUGUUCCUAGAUCAAAACAUGAACAUGAAACCGUUCGAGCGGGUGGAUGAAAUCGCUUUCGAAAUGCUAAUGCUUGAAGCGACCAGUGCCCUAUCGGCGAAGCUAGUCGACAACCGGGAGAGCCUGUGCAACUAUCUUCCAGUACUAACGGGACGGAACCUGCGCAACUACCUCGCACACGGUCACAUCACGUACGAGCUACUGAUACCGAACACGGGACCGAAAACGAUCCUGCUCAAUGCGCUCAGCGUGAUCAAGCUGUCGAAGAACAUCAUCUCGGAGAUCUACGAUCGACAUGGGUGGCAGUUUGCGGAGAAGCUCGCCCUGGUGAAACACCAGGAAAGCAUACUCGGUGGCUUUCGGUAUCAGAACUGUGGAGAGAUUCGGGACACAAUCCGGAAGGAGGCGUACCUGCUCGGUCGCAAUCAUCUUAACCACGGCAUAGUGGAUCACCUGGUACAGCACCAGAGCUGUAUGCUGUUGGGCCAUCUGCUGGACUUCGGGAAGGUGGAUGAGUUUCUCAAACCGCUGUCCUACCUGAUGGAAAACGUUAGUGCGAUACCGUGUGGGCGGCCCCUGUACGACAUUCUGGCGGAUGUUCCAUCCCGCGUACAGUUCUGCUACAGCCUGGCGGUGCUGAGCAACGACGAGGACAUUCUGUCAAAAAUUGUGGCCGACUUUGGAUACGGACAGAUCGACGCUAUUCCGAUGGUGUUCAACUUUGAUCGGUUGUUUGCCAGCUUUCUGGAGACGCACCCGGACUACAAUGUGAAUGUGGAGAGCAACGCGGAGAUACUACACUACGCCGUGAUUUCGGGUAAUGUGGAGCUGCUGAACCUGUUGCUCGAUCAGUGCCAUGAUCUUAACCAGCGCGACGAAUGUGGACAAACACCGCUCGAUGUGGCCUGUAAGCUGAGCAACGUGGAGAUGGUGAAGGCGCUCACGAACGCCGGCGCUCGUUGGUACACGAACGGUGAGCAUGGUUACAGUCAGUAUUCGUGGAUCUUCCUCAACAACGAUCAGGACGCGAUCGUGUUUCUCAAGAACAACGAGUUGCUUAGUGCCAAAAUAGCUAGUGCGUGUGUCGAUCUAUUUCUCCAGUACUGUGACGAUUCGAACGAGGAGAUCGUGGAGUUCAUGGUGGCGAAUGAGGCGGUCAAGUACGCGAGUCUCUACCCGAAGAUCGUCACCUUUCGACGACUGAACGUGUUACGUUUCGUGAUCGAAAACGAUCGUAAGGUGAAAAGUAACAUCAAUCGGAAGGAUGCGACUGCGCAGGGACUAACACCACUGCAGAUUGCUGCCCGCAAAGGAUUUCCCGAUGUGGUCAAGGUACUGAUCGGGCAUGGUGCUAGCGUACAGCUGCGUGACGUGAACGGGAACAGUGCGCUACACUUUGCUGUGGAGUGUGGAUGUGUAAAAACGGUACGGUUACUCCUGCGGCACGGUGCCAGUGUCAGUGUAAGGAACGCUUUGGGGAAAAGCCCACUAGAACUAGCGAUCGCGAGUGAACAUAGGAAGAUUAUCCGGAUGUUAGUGAAGAGUGCGCAAAAGGUGGAAAGUCUAGCGCUACCGGAGCGAUUACGCGAUCAGACCGUAGUGGAUGACCUGCUGCAUGUGACCAAGCAGUUCGAGUACUGUCUUUCGCCUGCCGAUGUCAGCAGCGAUAGCUUUACGCCGCUGCAUCAUGCCCGAGCGGAGAGCGCGAUCGUACACUACCUGCAGUUCUUCGAGAUCGAUGUGGCGAGCCCUCGCUUCCGUACGACUCCUCUCCAUCUGGCCUGCCUUUGUGAUGAACCAGCGCGUGUAAAGGCUCUGCUCAAGCAUGGUGCCGAUCCGCUGCUAGCCAACGGGGAAGGCUGGACACCGCUCCUGCUAGCAGUAAGUAACCGUAGUGUAUCGAUCGUACAAACAUUGCUCCAACACGACACAUUCAAUCGUCAACCAGCCAACCGAGAAGAUCUCAACGCUGUGCUAGCGAUCGCAAUCAGGAAGCAAUCGAUCGACAUCGCUAAUCUGCUGCUCGCGAAAGGAGCCUCGAUCGAUACGAUCGGUAAAACGCUAACAGCCCUAUCGCCGACGCACCGAGGUAGCACUAAGCACCAGCAACCGCAGCAUCCCCAUCAGCUGUUCUUCUGUGCUGCACGCGAAGGCUACAACCGGAUACUGGAGUAUCUGCUCGAGAGUGAUCUGUUCGAGGUGAACACAAAGGAUACGAUCGGUUCCACCGCUCUGUUCCACGCGCUCUCGCGUGCACCACUCGCAACGCUCGACAUCUUGGUCCGGCACGGUGCGGACGUGGAGCACUGCAACCAGUUCGGCCACAACGUACUCUCGAUCGCCGCCAUGAACAAUCGGCUCGAUGCGCUACAGUACUUCGUGAACAACUUCCCCCCGCUGGUGGACCGCUUUCUCGAUGCAGUGGAAGCUGACACUAAGAAUUCCGUCCUACACUUAGCCGUACUGCGCGGUGCGCUCGAUAUCGUGCGGUACUGCGUAAAGCUGCAUCGGGCAGGUGACGUCAGUUUGGAUGCGCAGAACAAGGAAGGCUUUACGGCACUUCACAUCAGUGCACAGACGGGGCACGAGGCGAUCUUCGGGUAUUUGGUGAGCCACGGGGCUAACGCUACCAUACCCUCGGCUAAUGGGCAAUCGAUCCUGCACACGGCUAUCUGCAACCGGAACCUUGGCAUCGUUCGUGCCAUCCUGCGGGCUGGCGUUCUACCGCUCGACCGUGAUCUGUUCGAUCAUGAGCAACGGUCACCCUUGCAUUAUGCCGUCUUUUCGCGUCAGGUUGAGGUUGUCCGUGAGAUAUUGAAACUUCCGACGCUGCCACUGAAUCACGCUGACGCACGGGGCAAUACGGCGCUCCAUCUGGCGGCUGAGUUCCAGUAUGUGGAUAUCUACAAUCUGCUCCAGAAGCGUGUCGACAAUGAGCUGCGGAACGGAAAUGGGAAGCGGGCGAUCGAUGUGCUGCUGCGCAAGUAAAUAUGUAAAUGUUAUUUAAAAUCUGUACAGCCAUUAGUAGAAAGUGGAAGUAGGUGUGUACAAGAAAUACUUAAACCUUAUGGUGAGGUGAACUUUUAAGAACUCGUUUGUGCUCGUGGGAAGAAUUGUGUACAGGAAGCUACUAUUAACUACUAGCUAGUGGCAAUCACGCGAAAGAAAGACUGUUGUAAGUUUCCACCUGUCCGUUGUGGAGUUCUACAUUCAAAUCGCCCGUUAAGAGGGACUUGCUGCAAACUUACAACAACCGUUCUUUCCGCCAUUUUAUGUACUUCAUCUUGUGUUUUACGUCGCACACAGGGACACGGCGGGAUGUGUGAAAAGAUAGCAAAAAUUGUAUUGUCUAUAUACAUAGAAAGAGGAAGCUAAGCGCUCUAAACAAAUAUUAUCUAUACUUAAAGCGAAAAUCGUUCAUAUGUGUAACGUGUACGUGUAUCAAACGGCAAUAGGUGGUCCCGGAUUUUUGUUUCUCCUCGCACGACACGAUUCUCUAGCUAAAUGUAACAAGCGACAACCAACCGUCUCUGUCAACCAACUAUGUCAUCAGCGAUCCAUUUUUGUGUUUCCUUGUGUGUCAAGCAAUCGUUUUUUUCCUUUGCCGAUAGGAAGCUCUACUGAGCCUGAGUCGAGUGAAGGCGCACGCAAACGAUGGUGGACAGGUCCGGUCCGGUAAUACAGCCACUACUUGCACCCGAUCAACCACACACCACCAUAAUCAAUAUAUCCACUUACUCUCUUGCGCAAGGGAGUAACUCACAUUAAAUGCACAAGCAUCACCAAAGUACGGAUCGCCCAUGCUUUACUUCGCGCGCCCCAACACAACUAAAGGGCUGUCAGCUGUCGUUCGAUUGACAGGCGCAAUAGAUUUUAAGUAACCAAACCACACACACACACAUAAACUACUUGUCGUAUGCAAUAGUAAAAUCUGCCAUGUACAAUCGCAAAACUCGGCCACCAUCCACCGUGGGAGGUUCACAAAUGGGAGGACAUCGUGUUUGAAAAUCGCCAGUCAAAAUCGCAGCACAAACCGAUGACCUUUGUACCAUUUGGCCUUCCAUUGUUUUUGGGUGGAUGGAGAAGGUUUGGCAAACCGGAACACUAGCAUCGCAUCGCAGCUAUGCCUGUUGACAAAGCUGCUGCUGAAAGGUGCCGGUGGUUACUCGUGAGAUCGGUAUGUCGUUGCGAUUGCAUACUGUUAGGCGUUUUUUCAACUCUAGAUACCGUUGCGCUUAAAGUAGGCAAUCUGCAUGACAUAAUUACCUGCAUAACAUAAGAACCGUUACAGCUAGCUACCACUUUCUUAAGCAGUUUUGUCGUGCCGGAUAGCUUGCAAGCAAUUGUAAGAAACAAUAGUACCAAACCAGUCAGUUACAGUGCUUAUCAAUACAGUUUACGUUUUCCGCCACAAUAACCAAUCUACAAAUAAUACCAAAGCUCACAUAUAGUAAAUAGUAAGAAAGAACGUGAGGCACACCCAGUAAGUGUGUCGAAACGCCCGCUCCUCUCAACUCAUGUUAACCGCAGCGACAGCGGGCAGCCCUAUUAGGGGGCGUCUGCAGUUAAGCGUGGGAUCUGACAUGGCAUCCGUACUGAGGUGAUGUUCCGAACUACAAAAAUCAACACCGAUUUAAAAAAACCACUACAUAGCCGAUAUAACAUAAGCAGUACCGACAGCGGUACACCACAACUACAAUAGAAUGGAUACUCCCGUACAGAUUCACACCGAUUCCGAAGGGCCGAUCGGUUGACGAGGAAUAGAAGCUGGUGUUGGUAAUCUUGAUUCCGGUAAGCUUGCUAUUCUUCCGCCAACUGACGGUUCCGCAAAAACAAACCUAUACAAAAACAACAAUAGUACCGACAGUUCUUGCCAAUAGUAAGCGUGCUGGAGUUCUCAUCCACGGGGAAGGGAACAAUUGUCCAAGUUUUACAGCGACAAGUAACAUUUCAUCCGUCACAGAGGAUACGAUCGAACGGUCAGGGAUCCUCAUUGCAUGGCUUUUCGGUUAUCGGUUUUUGUGUGCCGUUUUUUUAAUAAGUACACUAAUCUAGUCAUUAUUCAUUUACAGUGCAAAAGGCCACAGGGGGGUCCAAAAAUUUAUUUUCAACACACAGUUUCAGUUUUGAGUUUUGUAAGCCGAGUUCUAAAUUGGUUAAAACAAGGCAAAGUUACACCUGAAGCCAUACUGAUGCACGAUCCCUGAUCGAUGAUCGAUCGACAGCUGAGUAAAGAGAGGGUUUUGUUUAAUGAUAAAAUUCAUGCUAGGGAGUCACUAAAAUACAAACAUGCUCCAAUUGCUUAGCAUGAAUUGUAUCAUUAUAUUUUUUUUUGAAAACGCCAUAAUUUUAUAAAUGUAAGCAAACACACGCACUCAAAUAUUUCGGCAAGUUUUGAUACAACUUUGAGACAUUCAUUCUAACCACAAAUAGAGCAUAAUUUGGAACUUAUAAAUCAUGGACGGAAGGAAUUGGAAAAAUUAAUAUAAAACUCUAAGUCAAAGUGUAUAAACAUAGUAACACAAAUGAUGACAAGCAGACAGGCACAACAGAAAAAUCGCAAACAAUCAAAGAGAAAAUCGUAACUGUACUACAAUGUUGCCAAGAGGAAACUUAACCCGAGCAUAUGGUUCAGCAUGGAACAUUACACUACUUUCACACAACAAUGUAACAAUCAAUGUUAAAACAACAGUAACAGAAGGCCAAUGAAGGAAACUGAGUAAGAUAGCGCAAACGAAAGCCGUAAAAAGAUAUAUAAAAGUGCGAAACUACAAGCAAGUAAGUUGUAAACCGAUAGGUACGCCAAAUGGAAGCGCAAAUAAAGCGCAAGGCAACAGGAAAGUAUUUCAAACACGUAAGUUGUUAAACCUACACCUUUGUUAAGAUCAUAUAGAGUAUGUUUGAGUUCGGUUUGUUCGGGCACUGGGCACUGAGUAGGGGCUGGCAACGUAAGAAAGAAAUUAAUAGCAACAAAAAAAGUAUAAAAAUCCUACCAGAAAGCACAUUUGAUGAACCGAUUUAGGAUAUUGUCGUAAAAAACACAAUUCCCAGUACUAAAACCGUUAAAAGGAGCGAAAAAAAUAUAAUGUCCAAAACAAACCGCACCAGGGCACCACAGUUGUCCAGCCGUUAGUGAGCGAACCCUUUUGAAUCACUUUUCGAACGCCAGUCGAAGUAGUAGCAGUAGUAGGACAGAUCCCGUGCGGUGCAGUUGAUGCACAUGCGCAGGAAGAUGAUUUCUUUUAAACGAAAUAAAAUAUUUUUUUCCUUUUCAAGUGAUUUAAACCAUAAA